CUGCUCUGAGGUGUGUCUUGUAAAAGCAGCGGCGCUUACAGCCGGAUCUCCUCUUAGAUGGCAUCGCAUCAGUGCACAGAAGGGAGAAAACGGGAACUGAAGUAUCGAUCUCAUUACUCUCGUACUGAUUAAUGUCAGUACAAGCGGUGGUAUCGAUAUUGCGAUAUACGGAUCGAUCCCCCACAACUACGCAGUUUCUUUAAGUCAUUGUGAUCUUCUACAGAAAUGUUGCUCAUAUCUGUUUUCCUUUGCUUUUCGGUGAUCUGGACUUCACUUUCAAAAGAUCCAGACGAGGUGAUCAUAGUGAAGCAGGGAGAGGACGUCACUCUCCAGUGUUGGGGUUUUGCAGAUGCUCCCAUCGAGCUGCUGGAGUGGAGAAGACCUGAAUUGAAGCCAGACUAUGUGUUUUACUACAGAGAGCAGCGCUCCUAUGAAAUGUUUCAGCAUUCAUCUUUCAAAGGCCGGGUGAAGCUGAGAGACCCGGAGAUGAAGAAUGGAGACUUUUCAGUGAUUCUGAAGGAAGUCACCUUCAAUGAUACGGGCAGAUAUGAGUGUUUGGUUGGAACGAGGAGAACGAGGAGAACGAGAGACGAGCGGAGCUCCAUCAGUGUCAGGGUGGAACAGACUACUAAAGAUACCUCGGGUGGAGGAAACACUGAGAGAGAAAAGUGGCAUGUUCCACAGAUAGCAGCAAUAGUGAUUACAGUGUUUGUACCAACCGUACUGAUUUUACUGAUUGGGGUGGUUGUAGUUGUGCAGGGUCCCUACUAAUGGGAAGGUUGGUGGUUUGAUCCUCGUCUGCUACAGUCUGCAUCCUAAAUAUCCUUGGGCAAGAUUCCUAAUUUGCUCUCAGGUGCAGUCAUUGGAGUCUAAAUGUGUUUGAAUGUUAGAUAGAAACCUUACAUAGAAAAGGUGCUGGUGUGAAUGGUUGAAUAAGGUGAGCUGUGUAAAGGACUUUGAAUGCUCAGAUAGAGUAGGAAAGCAUUAUAUAAGAACCCGUCCAUUUACUGAUUAUUGUCGUCUUCGUUGCUUCUAACACAAAGAUCAGAGACAAACAAACCCGUGAGGAUCUCCUGCAGAGCGAUGAAGCUGGAAACGAGCUGCACUGAAAUGUCACCUUAUUGUUCAGGCUGCUGUUACUGUUACAGUUUGAGUUGAUGGUACAGUCCCCGGAGUGUAAAUGAAUACAGGAGAAAAUAUAACUACAACACAGCUAAAGUGCAAUUAUUUUUAUUAAACUGUAACUCUGAGCUAUUUUAUUAACUAAUGUGUUUUGGAAUACCGUUUGAGGUGCUGGAAAAUGUCUGUUUGGUGCCAAACAGCUAAUGUUUUCUUUUUCCUCUAUUUUAAUAAUGGUACAAACACUAUGUGCUGUAUUUGUCACUGAACACUUUAAAACUCCAUGAGAUAUAAUAUUUUAUAAGAAGUUAAUAAAUUUUCAAGUGUUUUAUACUCUGA